AUGUCCCGCAUCGGGUCUCCUGCGUCGACCCUAUCUUGGUUCGAGCCGCAGGAGGCUCGACCGUCUCGCAGGGCACUUGUUGGGGGUCUUUGGUUCCUUUCUUCAGCAGAGAUCGGCAAAUGUCCGGAUAUCCCACCGUGUAUUUUGGCGAAGCGAGGCCUCGGAUUCAAUAGCCUUCGGAGACUGGUCCCGGUCACAUUGACGUGGCUGACCGUCAGCAAUAUCCGUCAUACAGCAUAUACUACCAUGCUCUCAUGCCACGGCGAAGCCUGGGCUGGCAGACGCAGUCAACAACCCAGUCUCUGGCCUGUCACCACGGCUGUUCGCAGUCAUGGGAUCAUCUGCCGUGCGUCCGCCGAAGGCCACUUCAUCUACUGGAUAUUCAACUGGUUGGAAGGCCCCCCCUCGCGUGAGGAAGGGGGGACAACCGGCCUGCUGCAGAGAAUAAACACAUGGCUGCCCAACGUAGCCGGGCUCAAAAUCUGCCCGAUGCCCCCAGCCGGCGAUGGCCCCGCCCUAAGGCUUCCUUCAGCCGUUACAUCUGAGGUUUUAGCAGCGUCACUGUUCCAGUCGACAUUCCAUCUUGAUCGUCCCGUACCUUGGCAAGCCUUGCAGGUGCGGCGGUAG